AUGAAAUUCACUCUCGCUUCGACUGUCCUUGCGGCUUCUUCUCUUGCAGCCGCAGACACCAUUUACUUCUCUGUCCAAGACCUGGCUUCUGGCAAGCUGAUUGGCAGCCUUUAUGACGCCCACGAAUUGGCUGGAGGCCAAUUCUUCUUUGUUGGUAGCAAUCCUGCUUAUUACGACUUUGACCCAGUGACAAAGUCUGUCGGGUAUCAAUUAGGAAGUCUUCCUUACAAGUUGGGCAAGGUGGUCCUCAAUGGCUGCGACUCAUUUUGGGGUGUCUUCGCUACUAUUGGUGGCCCCGGCGAAGCUCUUUGCUACGACUCUACCGGGUUGGUCACAAACUACAACUUCUGGGCAUGCUCUAACGUCAAUGACCCAUACAAGUACUCUUGGAAUAGCAAAGUGAUUAUGAUCAAUGCUCUUGGAAACAACACUGCCCCAUACCCAACCUGUAACAAGGUUAAUAUUUAUAAAAAAGACGUCGCCGCUCCACCAGGCAACAAGAAUGGUACUUGGACUAGUUACACUACCUACUGUCCAUUGCCAACUGUUGUGACUAUCACUACCUGUGGUACUCAAACCUGUUACCCAACAGCCGUGACCGUUACAACAGCUACCACAGUUACAUGUGCUAACUGCCUUGUCCCACAAGCUUCGACUACUGUUGUCGUUCCUCCUCCAGUAACUUUAGCUUCUGUGUCCACCGCCACAACUGUUAUUCCACCACCAAAGACUGUUGCCUCUGCAUCUACUUCUACUGCCCAGCUUACAAUCACCUACACUGGAGCAGGAGUCCAAAAUGCUUUGGGAGUUGCUGGAGUAGCUGGUUUUGCUGCUGCAAUGUUAUUGUAG